GAUGGACAGGUGUCUCCAGGUAUGAUAAUCACCUGUCCUGUGUCAUCCUAAGGUUGUGCUAACCCCAGAUCGCCAUUAUGUCCAAGAAUCAUGCCGAGUGAAAACGUACAGAACGUUAAUGAAGCCACGGUCCAGUUGACGGCUCUGCCCCGCGAGCGUCUGUGGCGGUACCCUUUCUACAUCAUGGACGGCGAGUUUACCGUGGAGUACCUAGGCUGUUCUACUCUCUCUAAAAGCACCACUUCCGGUCUGGGAUCAAUCCAAAAACCACUCCGUGAGAAGUAUAUAGAAUUCCGGAAAGCAUCCUCCAAGAACAAGAAGCUCAGCCAGGAAGCUGUGUUGAGGAUUAAUCGGGAUGGUCUUACAGUGCUGUUUCCCGGCGCUCCUCCGGGUCAGGCCAACCAAAUGUUCUAUGAUUUCCAAUCAAUCAAUCUUUUUGAAGCAGUUCGCUUUAUGUACAGGAAAGGUACGGACAAGAAAAUGGCAGCUGGCUUUGUACCGAUCGAACAAAAUCGAAAUCUAAACAAUGGCGCAGAGAACCUGUUCUCCCACCUUGAUAAGAAGAACCACAAUUUGUUAAAAAUGGAACACCCAGUUAUGCUCGCGGGCGUCAUGAGGCGAACCACGGGCGUGCGCGCGCUCGAAUGUCACUGCUUUAUUGCAGAACACGAUGGCCAGGCGCUUAGAGUCGUUUCAAUGUUACGAGGUCAGAACCCUACGGGAUUUGAACGUGAACCCUCGUUUCAAAAUCGCUACGGCGAAUACUCUGGCCCCAACCCCGGGGGUCCUCACCCUGACAUUUUACGUAACAGCUACGGUGAAUACGGUGCGUACCGUAAUGAGCCUCCUAUGGGCCCGGGGCCAGACCAGCCGAGACCUCAUUCGGACAUAUACUACCGCGACAGCAGACGUUCAGACGGAUGGGAGGAACCUGGCCGUCGCAUUAGCGACGAACCGCCAAUAGAAGAUAGGUACUUGGGAGAUGGUAGACAGUUCUUUGGCGGACCCCCACGUGAUAUGGGCCCGCCGCCUCGUGACAUGGGCCCGCCGCCUCGUGAUAUGGGCCCGCCGCCUCGUGACAUGGGCCCGCCGCCUCGUGAUAUGGGACCUCCGACCCGAAAUAGAUUGUCGGGCGAGGAUAGACAUUUCUUGCACGAGCGCCAGUCUUCAGGCGACAGCGGUUCUCGUGGUUAUCCAGAACCUCAUAGAGCGGACAAUGGUUUUAUUCAUGAGAGACAGCGAUCUGGGGAAAUAGUUCGUGGUGACAGACACUCUGAUUACGGAGGGGAGAUAACCCGUAGUGAUAGACACUCCGAUCACGGACACGGAGAACGAUUCUCUCGGCCUCAGACACGCGACGACGGUCGUGUUGGGCGAGUAAUGUCCCCUGGCAGGUACAGGGAGCCUCCGUCAACUGCUCCAAAACCCUCUCGGGCAUUGUCGCCUGGUCCACGGUCACCACGAUCACCUCCAUCUUCCAGACAUCAAGGGUUACCAAGGCAACCAUUUGAUAGUCCUCCAUCUCCUACGCCAUCCAAACCAUUACCUAGAACCGAACCUGUAUAUUCUGCCUCGAAUCUCGAAAGUCGACAGCUUGAAGAAAAACAAGCUGCCAAAGUGAAACCCGUUGCAAAGGUCCCUCCUAAUCACGUGAUGGGAGUAAAGGUUUUACCUACUGGUCUAAUGGCGGCUCUCCCUAAAAAAGUGGAAGCUGAGCCGUCACGUUACAAUGAUGACGACGAGGAUCCUUACGAUAAUGCAAUGUCAAGGAAAGAGUUUUAUGACGAAAAACGGAACACAAAGUCCGACCAAGAUAAGUGGGAUUACAGGCGCGAUGACGAUUUUCAGAAACCAGGGCCCGGCGGUUACGCACCACCGGAUAUAGUUCCGCGUCACGAUAGAGACCCCAGGUACGGUGAUGAUUACGGUGAAAUGUACCGAGAUCGUUCGUCCCAACACAAAAAUAAUUCAGAUAAAUCCUGGUCGUUUGACAGUGAAUUCCAAAAGUAUGCCAAGCAUGCGAGUGACGAUAGUAAUAGUGAUAAAGGGUCGUACGGACACAGCUCGGACCGUAAAGGCGGAGAAUUAGCCGGGAUGUUUCAUAACAUGAACGUACAGAGAGGCUCUAACGACAGGGCUAAAACAUCGGACACAAACUUCGAGCAGCAGCUUGGCUACUUACCUUAACAGGUCAAACAUAUACAAACAAGUAUUGGUGUGGGAUUUAGUUGCCCGGAAAAAAAAGGACUUGCUUUAUUUGUGAUUUGGUUACCCCUGACAACAAAUAAGGUCACGCUGUGUGAUUUGGUUACCACUGACAACAAAUAAGGUCACGCUGUGUGAUUUGGUUACCCCUGACAACAAAUAAGGUCACGCUGUGUGAUUUGGUUACCCUUGGCAACUGCUAAGGUCACACUGUGAUUUGGUUACCCCUGACAACAAAUAAGGUCACACUGCUUGUUUUGUGACGCUGUGUGAUUUACAGUGUAAUGACAAUGAACGAGCGUUUUCGGAAUUCACUUGUGGGUGAUGUGUGAUCUGGGAGAUUUUUUAAUUUGUAUUUUACGAUAUUCAUGUACCAUAAUAACUCUACGUUAUACAUUUUAACGGAAAUUAUAUGUUUACAGAUGUGUUUAUAUCACAAUCAAAUCUAUUUUCCUGGUUACGUUUUUUUUCUGUUAUUCAAGAUUUUAAGAUGAUAAAAUACAUUUGACAAUGGCUAGAAUUUGAUGCAAGGGAGGUAAUUCGGAUGUCAUCGAAUGUACUAUGCAAAAUGGUUAUUUCCCUAGUUUGAACGGAUCAACUUACGUUCAAGCUUAUUUUUCUGUUUUCUUGUCUUGGUAUGUGUGGAAAAGUUAAAGAUAAACUGAAUGUUCACAAUGAUUGAGUUUCACAUGACGACAUCUCUUUGGGAUCUGAUGUAUACAGGGACGGCUCACAGCCAUGUAUACAUUUUAAGUAAGGUUAUACAUGUACAUGUGUUGACUGUGGGCUGGAAUUCUGUACCAAGUACAUGGGCUGGUAUGACCUACAUGGCUUGGCAGCUAAAAAGCUGGUACAGUAUAUCGUGGUAAAUCAACCAUAUAGGGUUGUCUGUAAAUUAAAUAUUUACAUAAUACAACCUCAAAAUCUUUACGUUAUCUACUUACAUGUACAAGUCAUCGAACUAGCAAACUGAUGGACGAGUCAACCAUCCGUAUCAUCAACUCAUAAAAAUAUAAGCAGACAUGCAAGAUAUCUGACCAAAUGUGUCUGAUGGCUUGUCAUUUUAGUAGAUAUCUAUAAAUGCUGUGUAUUCAAUUAUAAAUUAGAUAUUUCAAACAUAUUUCAAACAUUACAUAUAUGCAUUUUGAACAUCUUUUAUAAAAUAUCUGAGAUCUUUUGUGAAUUUUCUUUUCCAUCAUUGACGAUAAUUAAGAUAUUUUGCAUGAUAUACCAUAGAAAGCAGAAUGGUCUAUGUGAAAUACAAUUCUUCAACAAAUAUAUAUUUCAUAGUUUAAAAACUUAUACAGAUCUCAUGAAUUCAAUACAUCUUUUUAGAAAUGUUUAGAAGUGUUGUAAAAUCUGAUACAACUAGUAAUUUGCCCUUGUAAUGUACAUGACUACUCUAGUUAUCUCCCCUUGUAUGGUCAGCAUGGUGUAACUACGCAGUCAGAGGAAAUGCUAGUAGUAUACUUACAAUGUAUAAUGUAAUAUGUACCAUUAAUACAUAAACUCCGUUCAUUGUAGAGAUCUGCUGUAGAAAUGUCAACCUCUUUAGAUCACUUCCUCACAGAUACCUAACUGUAAUCCUCAUUUUUAUCUACCAGAGUUACUUCCCUUUGGUUUCUCCCCGACGUAAGCUCGACAGUCGAUGUAGGCGAUCUUUAAUCUUGUAUUGAGAUCUCUGAUCAAACUCGGUUACAUUUCGUAUUUAUCUCUCACUACGGACGCUUGUCUAGAAUAGGACACAUAUCCUCGUUCUCCCCAUGUUGAGUUUCCCUCUGAUCUACAGGUGAUCGACUCCACAUAUUUUAUUCCUAAGUAAGGUUGUUUUACGGACGUGUAAGUCUCCUAUCCGUCCUGGAUCGUGUAAGGAUUAUACAGGUGUUUUAAAAACAAUACUGAGUGACCGUUUGGACAAUGUACUGUGUAUAGCCAUCAUAUUAUAGUAUAAAUAUAUUAUUAUUAAGUCAUAGAGUCUCAUUUUGUGUGGAUAUUUUUGUAUAAAUAUAUUCAGUAAAGAUCUGAGUACAUUUUGUUUCAGUAACGUCAAAUGUUUUUGUUGUUGUUGAACAUGUCCUCUCACAGAACCGCCAUAUUUUUUAUUACACAGAUAAAGUGCAUUUAAUCAAAAACUGCUCUUGCUGAAAAAAAUAAAUAAUCAAAAAUAAGAA